AUGGAUUUUCCCCCGUCACACCUGGCUCACGCAGAUAUACUACUCCCAGGAACGGCAGGCAAAUGGCGAGCGCACUUCCAGGCGGGAACGCUUCCCAGCCGGCGGGAGCCAGGCACGUGCCGCCCUCCUCGCGCGGCGCCUCGUGCCCGCCCGGCGCCUCACGGCUCCCCCGUCCCGCAGCCUCCGGGACGCUCCCGACGCGCGGGGCACAGGGGCUGCUCUCGGUCCCUCGCUGCCCACCGGCCCCGCUGGCUCCCCGGCUGCCCCCGGGCUCCUCCCGAUUCCCGCCCCGGCCCCUCGCUGCCCACCGACCCCGCUCGCUCCUCGGCUGCCCGCGGAGCCGCGGCGGGGCGGGGAGUGUGCGUGGGGGGGGCCGGGGUGUGUCCUGCUCUCCCGCUCCCGGCCCGGGGCACCGGGGUCUACUCUCCUCUCCCGGCGGUUCUGGCUCACUCGCCUGGCCGUCCCGCGGCGGGACGAGUCGGCUGCCAGGGAGCCAUGGCUCGGGAAAGUUUGCYGCUGUUCCUGCUGCUGGCGGCGCUCGGCAGCCGGGGCCAGUCGCCGUCGCCGCCGCCRCCGCCGCAAAGAGGACUGUUUCCUGCAGUGCUGAACCUGGCUACUAAUGCUCUCAUCACAACCAAUGCUACCUGUGGAGAAAAGGGGCAGGAAAUGUACUGCAAACUCGUCGAGCAUGUACCUGGACAGCCUGUAAAGAACCCUCAGUGUCGCAUUUGUGAUCAAAGGAGCAAGAUUCCACAUCAAAGACACCCGAUAACAAAUGCAAUUGAUGGCAAGAACACUUGGUGGCAAAGCCCUAGCAUCCAGAAUGGAAUUGAGUAUCAUUAUGUGACCAUUACAUUGGACCUCCAACAGAUUUUCCAGAUUGCAUAYGUUAUUGUGAAAGCAGCUAACUCCCCUCGCCCUGGGAAUUGGAUAUUGGAGCGUUCUCUGGAUGGUGUAGACUAUCAACCAUGGCAGUACUAUGCUAUCACAGACAGCGAGUGCCUGACACGCUACAACAUUUAUCCCCGGCCUGGAACCCCGUCCUACUUAAAAGAUGAUGAAGUCAUAUGUACUUCUUAUUAUUCCAAAAUCCAUCCUCUGGAGAAUGGAGAGAUUCACACUUCUCUAAUUAAUGGACGACCUAGUGCUGAUGAUCCAUCGCGUGAAUUACUGGAGUUCACCUCCGCUCGCUUUAUUCGCCUGAGAUUCCAGAGGAUACGGACACUAAAUGCUGAUUUAAUGAUGUUUGCACACAAAGAUCCAGCUGAAAUUGAUCCCAUUGUUACAAGGAGGUAUUACUAUUCUAUAAAAGACAUCUCCGUUGGAGGCAUGUGUAUAUGUUCAGGCCAUGCGAAGGCUUGUCCGCUGGAUCCAAUGACCAAUAARUCCAUCUGUCAGUGUGAGCACAACACAUGCGGGGAGACAUGUGAUCAGUGUUGUCCUGGUUUCCAUCAAAAGCCUUGGCAUGCYGGCACUUUACUGCAUAAGCAUGAAUGUGAACCAUGCAACUGUCACGGGAAGACCGAGGAGUGUUACUACGAUGAGGACGUGGCAGCGAGAAAUCAGAGCUUGAAUAUCCACGGAGAGUACGUUGGGGGCGGAGUGUGCGUGAAUUGCACGGGCAACACCAGCGGCAUAAACUGCGAGACCUGCCUCGACGGCUACUUCAGGCCAAAAGGGGUUUUGCCAGAUAACCCAGAUCCAUGCCAGCCAUGUUCCUGCGAUCCAAAUGGGUCUUUAAAUGAUACUUGUGUCAAGGAUGAGAAACAUACAGAAGGAGAUAUGUUGCCUGGCUUCUGUCACUGCAAGACUGGCUAUGCAGGAGAAAGCUGCAAUCAAUGUGCCUUGGGUUAUACAGGAUAUCCUGAGUGCCURCCCUGCAACUGCUCCCUCGAGGGUAGUGAAAAUGAUGACCCCUGCAUAGGUCCCUGCAUCUGCAAGGAACAUGUGGAAGGAGAAAACUGUGAUCGUUGCAAACCAGGUUUCUUCAAUCUUCAGCAAAAUAAUCCUGAAGGCUGUGAGGAAUGCUUCUGCUCUGGGAAAACAAACACCUGCACACACUCUCUCUUCACCUACAGAAAUAUAGAAGACAUGAAUGGUUGGUAUCUGACAGACUUACCAGGUCUCAUCAGAGUUAUCCCCACGCAAAGGAGAUUUGAUGGGCAUCAGCAGCUUAGCAUCAGCAACGUGGCUGCACAAAAAGUAUUGCCACAGAUUUACUAUUGGAGCGCACCCAGUUCUUAUUUGGGCGACAAA